AUGCACGUCACCUCGCUCUCCAGUCCAAUGCGGACUUUCGUUCUGGGCAGCCGUCUCGGCAUGGCUCCCCGAUGCCACAACGCAAUCACCCCCUUCCACGCCGCCAUCACCCGCCCAGCCAGCACCUCGGCCACACAAUUCCAGCCCAAGACAUCCACAACGACAACGACACCAUCCCGACGACCCCAGCUCAAGCUCACCUCCUCCUCCACCUCUACCGCUCUCACCCGGGCAAACUCCACCACCUCCGAUCCUGUAGCCCGCGAGAUCUCCAAGCAACUCGACUGGAACUCGUUCUUCAAGCUGCGCGCCUCGCGCCGCCGGUACUCGCUCGCCUCGUCCGUCGCAACCUCCCUGGCGAGCACCGUCGUCGGCGUGCAGUUUCUCUCCACGCAGGAUCUAGAGUCCCUCGGCGCCCAGGUCAUGGGUCUCGACCCGUUCAUCGUGCUGGGUAUGGCGACCGCCGCGUGCGGUGCUGCCGGCUGGCUGGUUGGGCCGUUUGUGGGGAAUGGCGUUUGGGGGUUGGUGAAUCGGCGGUUUAAGCAAUCUUUUACCAUUAAAGAGAAAGAAUUCUUCGACCGCAUCAAGCGCUUCCGCGUCGACCCGUCGUCCAACUCCAUCGCGAACCCGGUGCCGGACUACUACGGUGAGAAGAUUGGCAGUGUACAGGGGUACAGACAGUGGUUGAAGGACCAGCGGGUGUACAACCGCAAGAGGCGCAACUUUAUCAUUUAGCUUGAUAUCUUUCUGCAGCAUGCAUUUACUUUUGUACGAGUAUCUCUUUAUUCUAGUGUCUAGUUGGUUUAGCGGACACUUGAAUUGAUUUUUUGCAUUGGC